AUGUCCCUUGCCCAUGGACCAUGCCCAUUGAACCCCCCUGUCUACUCCGUCUUCUACGCAGUACUCCGUACGCCUAGGUCGCCAAAGCCGUCCCAUGCCUCAUGUCAUGUCGGCUACCCGCCCCCCUCGAGUUCCCGUGCGCCCGUUCGGACGACUUGCACCUCGAGUCGUGAGAUUGGCGUCCUGGCGUCCACCAACUCAACGCCCGCCAACGCCACAUUGGCUCAAAAAGUUUGCCCGCCCAUCUGCUCUGCUCUAGUGUCCGUAGCUCCACGCCCGAUCUAUCUCCCCCCCAUUUCCUCCCUGGCUUUCCUGUCGAUCCAAGAAGCCCGAGCACACCCUCUAGACUCUUGUUCCCUACCAACUCUGUACGCUGUAUGA